AUGCGAGAAUCGGAGUCUAGAGAGGCACGCAAUUUGGAUUAUAUUCAAGUGAGAGUCCGCUCACUCCCGACUUCAACUUUGAAAAUAGAUGAUACAAGGUUUGCUAUGGAUCCUCCAUCAAGAGUUUUAGCCUGCUAUUCUACCUCUCCUGCUGGAUGGUCUCCACCCUCGGAGCUGAACGCCAUCUUUCUUGCGUCACAAUAG